AUGAAGAGACAAGAAAACAGCAUCUGCUUUCUGGGCUCAGCCUUAGUUUGCAACGACAAAGCUAAAUGCACUAAGGAGGUCAGAAUCAUCGGUAAAUAUGGGACCUGUUUUGAUGCCUCCCUCAGGAGAAUGGUGAAGAAAAUUGAAAUCCACCAGCACGCCAAGUACACUUGUUCCUUCUGAGGUGAAACCAAAAUGAAGAGCUGAGUUGUGGGGAUCAGGCACUGGGGUUCCUGCAUGAAAAUUGUAGCUGGUGGUGCCGGAACCUCCCAGCCCACUUCUGCAGUCACAGUAAUGUCUGCUCUCAGAAGACUGAAGGCAUGCAAAGGCCAGUAAAAGCUCCACCAUUUGAAACAUUGCUAGCCCAUAAUAAAUAGCUUGAUUUAUGUAACAAACACACAAAACAGCAUUCAUUAUUCCCAUUUUCCAGGACCCCCUGGAAACUGCCCCCUGAAUUCCUCUAUACUGAUGCUAUCAGUGGCUGCAGUAAGACAACAGGGAACAUUUCUUUC